AUGCUAGCAAUUGGAUCCUCAAACGCCUUUUACAAAGUUUGGAUUUCGGGUUUCGUUUCCAACACAAACGCGACACCAUUUAUUCCGAAAUCGCAGCCGGAAGAGGAACGCCACCAAGGAUUAAUUUCGACGGAUCGGAAGGCCGAUCGCCCAACCAUGCUGAAGGACGCCUCAGAGAAGGUAAUGCAAAUCUGCAAACCCGUCGAGAUGUUCUUGCACAGUCAACUCCGCCCAGUGAAUCGUCAAAGGUACAAGGAGCGACCUAAUGCAGGCACAACUACUCGCCAACGCGGCACUUCAAAUCGACAGACGCCAAGAACAAACCCUCGUGGUGGAAGAGGGGAAAAGCAACUCCAGGAAGUUAUGGGCGACAAAAUGACCAUGGAACAGAAUUCGAGUAGGACGAGUUUUGAGGACGCUUCUCUCCCAAAAAGUUCAGUGACGAGCUUCCUCAUUCGUGCGGUGGAACUGUGCAAAAAUCGUGGACCUACCAGUCGUCAUCCUUGCACUGACGUCUCGUCAUCCUGGUCCACCGUUCAGGUGUCCGGUACAAGUGACAAGAAAGUGUCUUGUAGACUUACUGGGAAAUGGCUGUCGGACGGGACGGCAACGCAGAAGAAAGUGCGACACGGUUUCCGCGACAAGCAGCUGAAUUGUGGGAUUCACGUUUGUCAGAGUAUCUGCCACGCAGGAGCCUGUGAACCAUGCCGUGUUGAGGUAGUAGCAACUGCCAUUCGAAAGUUGGCGGGCCCUCCCAAUGGUUGUGGAUCGUGCCUUGACAGCCCAGAAAGGAUCAUCAACUGUUCAUAUGGAAAAAUCGUCAAUCAAAUCGCUUUUAAAGGGUGGUCAACGCAACCUGCUCAGAUCCGAUUCCAACAUGUAAAGCUGUAUGUGGGAAAAUUUUGCAUUGUCAAUCAAAGGAGUUCACCAUCGCUGUCAAUCCCUUUGCCA